CUGAUCCAGGCGGUUUUACGCACAGACCGGACAGUCCACGCACGGAUUCUCAGAGUGCGAGUUUCUCCUGGAUGGAAAGAGGGAAGAGUUUAGGAGAAGAGGAGGAACAGUCCGAAGGAAUUAAAGAAGAGGAGAAAGUGAGGGAAAAGUCCGAAAACAGACGCACACGUGUUUUCUAACUGAAGACAACAGGAGGAGAGAGAGUACGCGCGUCUCUCCACUUCUCCCACCAUCACCUCCUCCAUGUCGCUCCCGGGCUCCCCUCCGCUCCUGUCCCCGGGCUCGGGCGCCCCAACUCCCGUCGGGCUGUACCGUUCCGCCCCGGAGGGGCUCCACACCUCCACCGGCACCUCCAGCCCGGUGCACACCAACUCUCACCCGCACUCCCUGUCCCCUUCUCCGCGGCUCACCAGCAGCAUGCUCAGCGCCUUCCUGCCUGGACCCGGCGGAACCCUGUCCGGUCUGGGGAACGGUGGCGGAGCCCUGGGCUCCCUCGGCGGGCUCGGCUCUCUGAACGCGGCCGGCCUGACUCCCCCCUCCCCCGGCUUGGUGCAGACACCGUCCAGCCCGGGUCUGUGCAGCGAGUGCAAGCUGGUGGAGGUGCACGGCGUCAAGGUGGCCAGCUUCAGCGUGGACGGCCAGGAGCUGAUCUGCCUUCCGCAGGUGUUCGACCUCUUCCUGAAGCACCUGGUGGGCGGGCUGCACACCGUGUACACCAAGCUGAAGAGGCUGGACAUCACGCCGGUGGUGUGCACCGUGGAGCAGGUGCGCGUCCUGCGGGGGCUCGGCGCCAUCCAGCCCGGCGUGAACCGCUGCAAACUCAUCUCCAGGAAGGACUUCGAGAUCCUCUACCAGGACUGCACCAGCGCCAGCUCCCGUCCGGGCCGACCUCCCAAACGCUGCUCCGGGGCCGGGAUCCAGGAAAGCCCCCGGCUGCUGCACCCGGGACUUCCCGGCCUGUUGUCCCCCAACCUGCUGUCCCACACUGGCCUAACUGCAGCAGCAAUGGCCGAGCUCCAGAAGCUGCAGAAGAUGAAGAUGAUGAUGAGCCUCCAGAAUGGAAACGAGUCGGACAAUGACGACUUACACUCCAACACAGGAGGCAGCGAGUGUUCCUGGGAUAAAGAGCGUCUGACCAGCCCCCCUGCUGGAGCCCACAGCGGAGGACCAGGAGGGGGCGGAGGAGCACCGGCAGUGGGAGGAGGAGGGGGAGGAGGAGGGGGUGCAGCGGGAGGUCCCGGGAGGGGGCCCGCCCUAGGAGCCGUCAAUCAAACACAGCUCCAGCAGCAGCAGCAGCAGCUACUGGCCAACAGGUUAGAUUUGCCGUUCAUGAUGAUGCCCCAUCCCCUACUGCCCAUGGGGCUGCCCCCUGCAUCUGUCGCCAUGGCGAUGUCUCAGAUGAACCACCUCAGCACCAUUGCAAACAUGGCAGCUGCAGCCCAGCAGAUACACACUCACGUUCACCGCGCACCUGUCAUCAAGGAACGAGUGUGUGACAGUCCCUCUCUGUCUCCAUCUGUCGAUGAAACCAACACUCCUCUGCAGUCGCAGCCCAGCAGCUCGGCCUCCAGCUCCCCAGAGCGACUGGGACUGGUGUCAGGUGAUGCUGAUGUUGCACUGACCAACUCUGCUGCACCCAUCAAGAAAAUAGCAAAGGACAAAGAAGAGUCUCCUCUGGGUCAGAACCUGCCUCCUGGGUUUCCUGCGCCGUUCCUGUUUGCCGACGGCCUCUCGUCUGUGGAGACUCUGCUGACCAACAUACAGGGCCUGCUGAAGGUGGCGGUGGAGAACGCCCGGGCGCAGGACAAGCAGAUCCAGGCGGAGAAGCGGGAGCUGAAGAUGGAGCUCUACAGAGAACGAGAGAUGAGGGAGAGUCUGGAGCGACAGCUGAACACCGAGCUCCAGAGCAGAGCUUCCAUCCAGAAGCGACUGAAGAAGGAGAAGAAGGCAAAGAGGAAGCUGCAGGAGGCGCUGGAGUUCGAGUCCAAGAGAAGGGAGAGAGUGGAGGACGCCCUGAAGCACUCGUCCUCGUCCUCCCCGUCUCCUGAACCGCUGCACGUCGCCAACAACAACAUAAACGACGCUGCCGUAGCCGAGGACAAACCCGAAUUUAAUGGAAACCAGCAAGACAACGCCACUGUACAAGAUUCCCGGCCUUUCCUGAAGACCUCCAUGAUGUUCUAGAGAGGAAGAUGGCUGCGUCUCCAGAACCCACCCCCCCCACCCCCCCUCCUGUACAGAUAACCACCACCACAGCAUCCACUGAAUCCUCACACACUACUUCCCCCAAACCGGACUCCACCUUUUUACUUGGAUAAAAAAACAAUGAGACUACUACGAGACACACUGGACGUUACUUUUGGGAUUCUCCUAACACCACCUUUCUCUGUUCAUUCCUCUUCUCCUCUUUACUGACUCCAAGACAUUUUUCUCCUUUGUGCUGAAAACUGAAGAAACAAACACGGCCGAGAAAAGGCAAAUGAAGCAGAUUUUCCUACCUUUCCUUCAUGUUUUGGUUAAAAUAAAAACUCGGAAACGGUUCGAUGAGAGGAUGAGAUACGAAGGACCGGAGUCUGAGAAAAGACACGUGGUUGGACGAGAAGAAAGAAUAGUUUCCACUUCCUUCUGGAUGUGACUUUAACUCUCUGGUUGACAGCGGGUCAUCUGACUGGAUGUGAUCAGCUAAUCAGAGGAGCUCAGGACCACAAAAAAAGCUUUUUUUUAGAACAAUCUAAGAAGAAUUGUAACAGAAUGAGAAAAGAAGGUAAACAACAUAGGGAACUGUUUCUAUUCCACGCGUCUGUUUUUGUGCAGGAACUGAAAAGAACGUGUGGGAGAACCUUUGUUUAUCUGAACCUUCCGACUGUCCUCACCUCCAGCUCUCUCUCUCUACUCCCUCUCUUAUAAACUCUCCUCCACCAGUUUAAUCCGACUACCCUUAUUCUUUACAUCAAACAGCUCUGCUUUCUAUAAAGUAUCACUUCUUUGCAUGACUCCUCUUGUUUUUCCCUCUUAUCUACACGUGUCCCCUCAUUUACUCACCUCUGUAAACGAGGCAAUACUCAUUACUUUUCAAUGUAUAAAGUAUUUUCUAUUACCCCUAAAAAAGUGGAAUCAGUUUCUGAAAUUAUGCAAAAGUUAAAAAAACACAUUUUUAUUACAAAAGGGUGAUUUUUAGACAUCCUUAAGGUACAUUAAACUCUUCCUUGAUGUUGAGACUUUUCACAUUUCGCCCCCGAUCCUGAAACCAGAAGUCGUACUUACGGGUGCUGGUGUUUGUAUGAUUAUUAGUUUGAGUGUUUGAUUUUUAUUGCCGUAAAGCCGCCUCAGAAAUGUUUAACGUAGACUUCAUUUCUGCUUCCUUUUAUGUUGGACUACAACUACCACACAUGUACUGAUUCAUCAAGCGCUCUUCAAACACCAGAAACCUUGUACUCCCUG